AUGCCCUUCCAUGCUGUGCUGCACGUGGUGGUGCUGACGCACGCGUACGGCGACCGAGUGGGAGUGCGCUACCUCACCAACGGCCUCAAGGUCUACUACGCACCGCGCCGCCCCGUGUGGCUGCAGGCAACGCCCCCUUCGCCGCUGCCCUGUCUGCCGCUGCCGUUGUUCCGCGCGGUGGUGGAGCGCGAGCGCAUCGCCAUCGUGCACGCGCACCAGAGCUUCGCCCCCAUGUGCCACGACGCGCUGCUGCACGCGCCCACGUUCGCCAGCCGCGCCGUCUUCACCGACCACUCGCUGUGCGGCUUCGCUGACGCCGCCAGCAUCCACAUGAACAAGCUGCUGCAGUUCUCGACGGCGGGCAUCCACGUGGCCAUCUGUGUGUCGCACACGAGCAAGGAGAACACCGUGCUGCGCGCCGCGCCCUCACUGCCCCCCCACCGCGUGGCCGUCAUCCCCAACGCCGUCGACGCCAACAACUUCCUCCCCGACCCCACCCGCUGCCCCCCGGCCCCCCCCGCCCUUGCUGCCCCUGCUGCCCGCGCUGUGGCUGCUGCUGGGGAAGCUGUUGCCGCUGUUGGCGCGCGGAACGAGGCGGCAGGAGGGAGAGAAACAGUGUGGGGCGCGGAAAGGGGUAUGGAGGAUGGGGAGGGUGCAGUGGCGUGCAGGGCUGCAGGCAGUGAGGCAGCAGCACGUGCAGCGGAUGGGGGAGGAGCAGAAGACGGGGCUGGGGGGAGAGAAGAGGAGGGAGGGGCAAGGGAAGGAGCGUGGAGCAGAGAAGGGGCGGAGGCGGAGACAGCAGCCAGCACGGCACACCCUCCAGCGGCUGAGGGACGUGGCAGCAGCACGGAGAGCGCCAUGGGGGCUGGUAUGGAGAUGAGGGCAGGGGCGGGCAUGGAGACGAGGGGGGGGGCGGGCGGGGAGAUGGAGAUGGAGGUGGUGAUAGUGGUGAUCAGCCGCCUCGUGUACCGCAAGGGCGCUGACCUGCUCGUUGACGUCAUCCCCGCCGUCUGCCACCGCUUCCCCAAGGUGCAAGUGUGCGCUUCCCCACGGUGCGAGCGCGUGCCACUGGUGAUGCUCGUGCGCAGUAGCCCACCCGCUUGGAUGCAGUCACCGUGCUGCUGGUGCAGUCACCGUGCUGCUAUGGUGCAGUCACCGUGCUGCUGGUGCAGUCACCGUGCUGCUAUGGUGCAGUCACCGUGCUGCUAUGGUGCAGUCACCGUGCUGCUAUGGUGCAGUCACCGUGCUGCUAUGGUGCAUUACAUUCUCUGGACCAUGCAUUGCGGCGACGGCGCCAAGAGGGGGCGGCUGGAGGAGAUGAGGGACCGCCACGGGCUGCACCACCGCGUCACCAUGCUGGGCGCCGUGCCGCACAGCCAAGUGUGCGAGUUCGCCGCUUCUGAACAGUUCGCCGCUUCUGAACAGUUCGCCGCUUCUGAACAGUUCGCCGCUUCUGAACAGUUCGCCGCUUCUGAACAGUUCGCCGCUUCUGAACAGUUCGCCGCUUCUGAACAGUUCGCCGCUUCUGAACAGUUCGCCGCUUCUGAACAGUUCGCCGCUUCUGAACAGUUCGCCGCUUCUGAACAGUUCGCCGCUUCUGAACAGUUCGCCGCUUCUGAACAGUUCGCCGCUUCUGAACAGUUCGCCGCUUCUGAACAGUUCGCCGCUUCUGAACAGUUCGCCGCUUCUGAACAGUUCGCCGCUUCUGAACAGUUCGCCGCUUCUGAACAGUUCGCCGCUUCUGAACAGUUCGCCGCUUCUGAACAGUUCGCCGCUUCUGAACAGUUCGCCGCUUCUGAACAGUUCGCCGCUUCUGAACAGUUCGCCGCUUCUGAACAGUUCGCCGCUUCUGAACAGUUCGCCGCUUCUGAACAGUUCGCCGCUUCUGAACAGUUCGCCGCUUCUGAACAGUUCGCCGCUUCUGAACAGUUCGCCGCUUCUGAACAGUUCGCCGCUUCUGAACAGUUCGCCGCUUCUGAACAGUUCGCCGCUUCUGAACAGUUCGCCGCUUCUGAACAGUUCGCCGCUUCUGAACAGUUCGCCGCUUCUGAACAGUUCGCCGCUUCUGAACAGUUCGCCGCUUCUGAACAGUUCGCCGCUUCUGAACAGUUCGCCGCUUCUGAACAGUUCGCCGCUUCUGAACAGUUCGCCGCUUCUGAACAGUUCGCCGCUUCUGAACAGUUCGCCGCUUCUGAACAGUUCGCCGCUUCUGAACAGUUCGCCGCUUCUGAACAGUUCGCCGCUUCUGAACAGUUCGCCGCUUCUGAACAGUUCGCCGCUUCUGAACAGUUCGCCGCUUCUGAACAGUUCGCCGCUUCUGAACAGUUCGCCGCUUCUGAACAGUUCGCCGCUUCUGAACAGUUCGCCGCUUCUGAACAGUUCGCCGCUUCUGAACAGUUCGCCGCUUCUGAACAGUUCGCCGCUUCUGAACAGUUCGCCGCUUCUGAACAGUUCGCCGCUUCUGAACAGUUCGCCGCUUCUGAACAGUUCGCCGCUUCUGAACAGUUCGCCGCUUCUGAACAGUUCGCCGCUUCUGAACAGUUCGCCGCUUCUGAACAGUUCGCCGCUUCUGAACAGUUCGCCGCUUCUGAACAGUUCGCCGCUUCUGAACAGUUCGCCGCUUCUGAACAGUUCGCCGCUUCUGAACAGUUCGCCGCUUCUGAACAGUUCGCCGCUUCUGAACAGUUCGCCGCUUCUGAACAGUUCGCCGCUUCUGAACAGUUCGCCGCUUCUGAACAGUUCGCCGCUUCUGAACAGUUCGCCGCUUCUGAACAGUUCGCCGCUUCUGAACAGUUCGCCGCUUCUGAACAGUUCGCCGCUUCUGAACAGUUCGCCGCUUCUGAACAGUUCGCCGCUUCUGAACAGUUCGCCGCUUCUGAACAGUUCGCCGCUUCUGAACAGUUCGCCGCUUCUGAACAGUUCGCCGCUUCUGAACAGUUCGCCGCUUCUGAACAGUUCGCCGCUUCUGAACAGUUCGCCGCUUCUGAACAGUUCGCCGCUUCUGAACAGUUCGCCGCUUCUGAACAGUUCGUCGCUUCUGAACAGUUCGCCGCUUCUGAACAGUUCGCCGCUUCUGAACAGUUCGCUGCUUCUGUGCGUGCCUCGCCUUGCCCACGCGCGUCCGUCUCUUCUCCCAUCAUCUCCCCUCCUUUUGCAACUUCCUUCUGCGCCUUCUCCCAUCCAUCGUUCUCACACAUCUCGCUGCUGUGCGCUGCUCAAGCCUGCAUGCCAUGCCUCUCUCUCUCUCGCGCGCUCUCACCCCCCCCAGCUCGCUCAUCGAGGCCUUCUGCAUCGCCAUCCUCGAGGCCGCCUGUGUUAAGAAAUGAGGAAUGA